AAAAAAAAGAAAAAAAGAAAAAAAAAAAAAAAAAAAAGGCCCCGUCCGCAGCGCGGAGCCGAACCGAGCCGGGAGCGGGGGGGCGGCCGCGGGGCCGCCGCUGCCGCCGCCACCAGGGGGGAUCCCUCGCGGAGCUGCUCCAAAAUGCACAGGACCACCAGGAUAAAGAUCACCGAGCUCAACCCACACCUGAUGUGCGCCCUGUGCGGCGGCUACUUCAUCGACGCCACCACCAUCGUGGAGUGCCUGCACUCCUUCUGCAAAACCUGCAUCGUUCGCUACCUGGAGACGAACAAGUACUGCCCCAUGUGUGAUGUGCAAGUGCACAAAACCAGACCCCUCCUCAGCAUCAGGUCGGACAAAACCCUUCAGGACAUCGUGUACAAACUGGUCCCGGGGCUUUUCAAAGAUGAGAUGAAGAGGAGGCGCGACUUCUAUGCAGCCUACCCCGUGGCAGAGGUUCCCAAUGGGUCCAAUGAGGAUCGCGGGGAAGUCUCCGAGCAGGACAAAGGGAACCUGACAGAUGAUGAGAUUGUCAGCCUGUCCAUAGAGUUCUAUGAAGGGUCAAGAGAAGAGAAGAAGGGGAGCGUUGAGAACGGGGACCUGGAGAAGGAGAAGAAGAACGGGCUGCGGUUCCUGCGCUGCCCGGCUGCCAUGACUGUCAUGCACUUGGCCAAGUUCCUCCGCAACAAGAUGGAUGUUCCCAGCAAGUACAAGGUUGAAGUCCUCUAUGAAGAUGAGCCCCUGAAGGAGUAUUACACCCUGAUGGACAUCGCCUACAUCUAUCCCUGGAGGAGGAACGGCCCCUUACCCCUGAAGUACCGCGUCCAACCGACCUGCAAGCGGCUCAAGCUCUCCCAACCCAUCACCCCCGAGGGCACCAACACCAGCGGCGCCUCCGAGUGCGAGUCGCUCAGCGACAAAGCCCACAGCCCGGCCACGCUGCCGGCCACCUCCUCCUCCCUGCCCAGCCCGGCCACCCCAUCCCACGGCUCCCCCAGCUCCACCGGCACCGGCCCCGCGCUCAACGGCUCCUCGAACUGCCACCCGCCGCCCGCCGCCCGCUGCCGCAAAGCGACUGUCAACGGCAGCACGGCCUCGGCCUUGACCUAAAGCAGCGGGCGGACAGGGGACUCCUGGCUGGCUUUUCUAGAGCUCUAUAUAUUAUAUAUAUAUACCUAUAGAUGUGGACAGAGGGAGAACGACGAACGGAAGCGAAACAAGACAAAUUAUACGUACUUAUUUUCUACCGAGCGACCGGAUUAAUUUAAAGUGCAAAUACGACGCAUAAAGGUGGUGGAAUAUUUUUAAA